AUGAUCACAGAGGCGUUGGUGGUGUCCAAACCGGGCGCCCCAUUCCGGUACCAGCAAGUCGAGCUCAACGAAGCCCUCCGACCAGAUGAAGUCGCGGUACGGAUCAAAGCUACAGGGGUAUGCCAUACGGACCUGAAUUUUGCCAAAGAAGAGUCUAUGCCCGAACUGUUCCCCGCAGUGUUGGGCCACGAAGGGGCCGGAAUUGUUCAGCGUACAGGAUCUGCCGUGACCAAAGUCUCCCCGGGAGACCACGUCAUUGUCUGCUAUUCAUGCUGCGGCGAGUGUAAGUACUGUCUCCGCAAGGAGUCGUCCUACUGCGACCUGUGGUUCCAGUACAACUUCGGCGUGGGCCGACUGGACGGGUCCAAGACCUACUCGUCCCCAACGGACGGCAAACGAAUCACCUCGCACUUUUUUGGGCAGAGCAGUUUUGCCCGAGACAUUCUGGUCUCGCAGAACGGUCUGGUGCGGGUUGACAAGCAUAUACCCUUUGAGAACCUGGCGCCUUUGGGUUGCGGAUUGAUGACGGGUGCGGGAGCAAUGCUGAAUGUGAUCAAUCCGGCGCACGAUAUGACCGUCGCCGUGGUGGGAGUCGGGGCUGUGGGGCUGUCGGCCAUCAUGGCCUUGAAAUUACUCGAGUAUCCUCCGAGGAAGAUCAUUGCCGUCGACGUCGUCCCAUCCCGUCUGGAGCUGGCACGAUCGUUUGGGGCCACUCAUGGCGUCAAUUCCAAAGUCCGGCCAGAUUUGAUGUCGGUCCUGAUGGCCAUCACGCAUGGCCGCGGCGUCGAUGGCGCCAUUGAUACUACGGGCAAGCCAGAGGUUGUCAAAGCUCUUAUCCACAGCGCAGCACGGAAAGGGAAAGUCGUCACCGUUGGAGUUGGAGAGCUUUCGGCCGAAGUGUCCCACAACAUGUUUGAAAUGGUUCAGGCGGGCUGCAGCUAUAUUGGAUGCAAUCAGGGUGACUGUUACCCGCAGGACUUCCUUCCAGAACUCUUGACUGCAUGGCAGUUGGGCAAGUUCCCUUACGAUCGACUCAUUCGGACUUAUCCGGCCAAAGAUGUUGAGCGGGCCGCCCGGGAUGUGUACAGCGGCAAGACUGUCAAGGCAGUGUUACUGUGGGAUUAA